ACUCUUCAAAAAGUUGAAGGUGAUUGUUGUGAGACAUGUGUCGCUGCUACAGGUUCAACUGAAUUCCCCUUAACUACAACAAUCGGAGAAUGUCCUAGCAAGUGUUACUGUGACUUGGAAACUUGUGACAGUGACUGUUCUGUAUCUUUGGAAUGUAACAAGGUCUGUAGUUGUAAUGAAGGAUAUACAUUCCAGAAUGGUGCUUGUAUUAGAAAACCUCCACACUGUACAACAAUAAAGACAACAACUUUAACUUCAACUGAAACAACACCAACAUUACCUUGUGAGUUAAUUGAUGGUUUGAAAAGCCCAAUAUACAUCCCAGACCGUCAUAUUACUGCAACACCUCUCAGUCAUAUGGACACAGCCGUAAACAUUCGACCAAACAAAGAAGGUUGGAAAGUACCAGUACCUUCUGAUCAGGAAGCACAACCAUCAGUAACCAUCAAAUUGACAAAUAACCCUGAAGGUGUUCUACUCUCAGAAAUUAUUGUCGAAGGAAAUGUGAGAAGCUACAUUGUACAGUUGAAGUUUGCAAAUGAUUUCGCAUUUGAGUCAUUGGGUUCCUUUAUCAAUGGAAAAACUCAUUAUAAGACAAAUGAACUUUUAAAUGUCACAGAAAUUCGUAUUCUAUUGGAAUCAGCGAAACCUUUGGACAUGGAUGUCUACCCUGCAGAAUAUGAUGUCAAAGUUUCUAUACUUGGAUGCUUUACACCAGAAUUCACCACACCUGUUGUUACAGCCACCACUCCUACUACAUCAGCUCUUACCACCUUAUCUCCUACCUCAACAUCCACUUUGGUACCAACAACAAUGACACCUCCAGUAAUUACAACUCAAGUGCCAUGUGUUGUUACUGAUGGAAUGGAGCAGCCUGUACUCAUCCCUGACAGUGCCAUUACUGGAUUUCCAAUUUUCGAAGAACACAGAGUCACCAAUGUUCGGCCUGGUCGACCAGGAUGGUUGGUUCCAGUUCCAAUCAGUGAAGAGAAACCAACUCUGUUUGUAACUCUUACAAACAGCUCAGCUGGUGUGACACUAGUCGAAGUGAUUUUGAGAGGAAAUGUUCAAACUUUCUCUGUCAGUACAUGGGAUGAAACGACACAGACGUACAAACUCUUAGCUACAGAUAUCACAGAAAGUCUUCUACUAAAGAAUGAAAUAAAAGCUCAAAAGUUAAAGAUUGUCCUUGAGUCUCCCAAGCCAAUGGUUACCAUUUAUCAAGUCUGGCUCUCUAUUAAGGCCUGUUUCCCAGAAAUUACUCAAUCAACAGUAUUAACAUCUACAGUGAUUAUCAGUGGAACACCAACACAGGAAAUAACAGGUACUGUGACUAGUGUAGUACCAACAACAUCGGAAGCAACUAUGAUAGAAUCAUCACCUAAAACUACAGUACCUACAAUGGCCAGUACCCCAGUGGCUACAAUAUCAGUGGUACCUUCAAGCAGUAAUGUGCUUACUGAGGAAACAGCAACAUUUACAAGUGGAGUACCAACUACAUCAGAAGCAACUAUAAUGGAAUCAUCACCUAAAACUACAGUACCUACAACGACCGGUACCCCAGUGGCUACAAUAUCAGAGGUACCUUCAAGCAGUACUGUGCUUACAGAAGAAACAGCAACAUUUACAAGUGGAGUACCAACAACAUCAGAAGCAACUAUAAUGGAAUCAUCACCUAAAACUACAGUACCUACAACGACCGGUACCCCAGUGGCUACAAUAUCAGAGGUACCUUCAAGCAGUACUGUGCUUACAGAAGAAACAGCAACAUUUACAAGUGGAGUACCAACAACAUCAGAAGCAACUAUAAUGGAAUCAUCACCUAAAACUGCAGUACCUACAACAACUGGUACCCCAGUGGCUACAAUAUCAGAGGUACCUUCAAGCAGUACUGUGCUUACAGAAGAAACAGCAACAUUUACAAGUGGAGUACCAACAACAUCAGAAGCAACUAUAAUGGAAUCAUCACCUAAAACUACAGUACCUACAACGACCGGUACCCCAGUGGCUACAAUAUCAGUGGUACCUUCAAGCAGUAAUGUGCUUACUGAGGAAACAGCAACAUUUACAAGUGGAGUACCAACAACAUCAGAAGCAACUAUAAUGGAAUCAUCACCUAAAACUACAGUACCUACAACAAUGGAAAGUACUCCAAUUACAACAGGUACAGCAGUGCCAACAACUGGUCCACCAACAAUGGAGAGUACUCCAGUUACAACAGGUACAGCAGUACCAACAACUGGUCCACCCACAAGGGAGAGUACUCCAAUGUCGCCAGCUACAACAGUAGCAACAACUGGUCCACCAACAAUGGAAAGUACUCCAAUUACAACAGGUACAGCAGUACCAACAACCGGUCCACCAACAAUGGAAAGUACCCCAAUAACAACAGGUACAGCAGUACCAACAACUGGUCCACCAACAAUGGAAAGUACUCCAGUUACAACAGGUACAGCAGUACCAACAACUGGUCCACCCACAAAGGAGAGUACUCCAAUGUCGCCUGCUACAACAGUAGCAACAACUGGUCCACCAACAAUGGAAAGUACCCCAAUAACAACAGGUACAGCAGUACCAACAUCUGGUCCACCAACAAUGGAAAGUACUCCAGUUACAACAGGUACAGCAGUGCCAACAACUGGUCCACCAACAAUGGAGAGUACCCCAAUAACAGGUACAGCAGUACCAACAACUGGUCCACCAACAAUGGAAAGUACUCCAGUUACAACAGGUACAACAGUACCAACAACUGGUCCACCAACAAUGGAAAGUACCCCAAUAACAGGUACAGCAGUACCAACAACUGGUCCACCAACAAUGGAAAGUACCGCAAUAACAACAGGUACAGCAGUACCAACAACUGGUCCACCAACAAUGGAAAGUACUCCAAUUACAACAGGUCCAGCAGUGCCAACAACUGGUCCACCAACAAUGGAGAGUACUCCAGUUACAACAGGUACAGCAGUACCAACAACUGGUCCACCAACAACUGGUCCACCAACAAUGGAAAGUACUCCAGUUACAACAGGUACAGCAGUACCAACAACUGGUCCACCAACAAUGGAAAGUACUCCAGUUACAACAGGUACAGCAGUGCCAACAACUGGUCCACCAACAACUGGUCCACCAACAAUGGAAAGUACUCCAGUUACAACAGGUACAGCAGUACCAACAACUGGUCCACCAACAAUGGAAAGUACUCCAGUUACAACAGGUACAGCAGUACCAACAACUGGUCCACCAACAAUGGAAAGUACCGCAAUAACAACAGGUACAGCAGUACCAACAACUGGUCCACCAACAAUGGAAAGUACCCCAAUAACAACAGGUACAGCAGUAUCAACAACUGGUCCACCAACAAUGGAAAGUACCCCAAUAACAACAGGUACAGCAGUACCAACAACUGGUCCACCAACAAUGGAAAGUACUCCAGUUACAACAGGUACAGCAGUACCAACAACUGGUCCACCAACAAUGGAAAGUACCCCAAUAACAGGUACAACAGUACCAACAACUGGUCCGCCAACAAUGGAAAGUACCCCAAUAACAGGUACAGCAGUACCAACAACUGGUCCACCAACAAUGGAAAGUACCCCAAUAACAACAGGUACAGCAGUACCAACAACUGGUCCACCAACAAUGGAGAGUACUCCAGUUCCAACAGGACAAACCACUGCUUCAACAUCAAUGGUGACUACUUCAAAAUCUUCACAAUCAACAUCACCUUCCGCAACUUCCACACCAAUACCUCCUACGAGCGGUCCAUCAAGUAGUGUGUCGCUAGUGACUAGUACUCCAAUCUUAACACAGCCUUCUUCGACAAUAUCCGUGACCACUGGAGCAUCCACUGGUACUUCUCCACUGACACCAAAAUACACUAAGACUUCAGCAGGCUCAACAAUACUGAGUUCAUUGACACCAUCUAUAGCAUCCACAAGUAGUAUGAAGACAACAGCAGUUGGGACCACAGCAACCACAGUUGUGCCCUCAACAACAACUGCUGCAAGCACACCUACAGUUGUAUUUUCUAAAUAUACAUCUGGUGUAACGGUGGAAACAACUACUGCACCAUCAGGAACAACAACUGCUGCACCAUCAGGAACUACAACCACUGCACCAUCAGCAACUACAACAACUGGAACAACAACUGCUGCACCAUCAGGAACAACAACCGCUGCACCAUCAGGAACAACGACUCCUUCAACAGCAACUACAACAACUGCUGCACCAUCAGGAACAACGACUCUUUCAACAGCAACUACAACAACUGCUGCACCAUCAGGAACAACGACUCCUUCAACAGCAACUACAACAACAACUGCACCAUCAGGAACAACAACCGCUGCACCACCAGGAACAACGAUUCCUUCAACAGCAACUACAACGACUCCUUCAACAGCAACUACAACAACUGCUGCACCAUCAGCAACAACAACUGCUGCACCAUCAGGAACAACAACCGCUGCACCAUCAGGAACAACGACUCCUUCAACAGCAACUACAACAACUGCUGCACCAUCAGCAACAACGACUCUUUCAACAGCAACUACAACAACUGUUCCACCAUCAGCAACAACGACUCCAUCAACAGCAAGUACAACAACUGCUGCACCAUCAGCAACAACAACUGCUGCACCAUCAGGAACAACGACUCCUUCAACAGCAACUACAACAACUGUUGCACCACCAGGAACAACAACCGCUGCACCAUCAGGAACAACGACUCCUUCAACAGUAACUACAACAACUGCUGCACCAUCAGCAACAACAACUGCUGCACCAUCAGGAACAACAACCGCUGCACCAUCAGCAACAACGACUCCUUCAACAGCAACUACAACAACUGCUGCACCAUCAGCAACAACGACUCUUUCAACAGAAACUACAACAACUGCCGCACCAUCAGCAACAACUGCUGCACCAUCAGGAACAACAACCGCUGCACCAUCAGCAACAACGACUCCUUCAACAGCAACUACAACAACUGCUGCACCAUCAGCAACAACGACUCCUUCAACAGCAACUACAACAACUGCUGCACCAUCAGCAACAACUGCUGCACCAUCAGGAACAACAACCGCUGCACCAUCAGGAACAACGACUCCUUCAACAGCAUCUACAACAACUGCUGCACCGUCAGCAACAACUGCUGCACCAUCAGUAACAACGACUCCUUCAACAGCAACUACAACAACUGCUGCACCACCAGGAACAACAACCGCUGCACCAUCAGUAACAACGACUCCUUCAACAGCAACAACAACAACUGCUGCACCAUCAGGAACAACAACUGCUGCACCAUCAGCAACAACAACUGUUGCACCAUCAGGAACAACGACUCCUUCAACAGUAACUACAACAACUGCUGCACCAUCAGCAACACCAACUGCUGCACCAUCAGGAACAACAACAGCUGUACCGUCAGGAACAACAACUGCUGCACCAUCAGCAACAACAACCGCCGCACCAUCAGCAACAACAACUGCUGCACCAUCAGGAACAUCAACUCCUGUACCAUCAGCAACAACAACUGCUGUGCCAUCAGUAACAACAACAACUGCUGCACCAUCAGCAACGACACCUGCGGCGCCAUCAGCAACCACAACUGCUGUACCAUCAGCAACAACGACUGCUGCACCAUCAAGAACAACGACUCCUUCAACAGCAACAACAACUCCUGUACCAUCAGGAACAACAACUGCUGCACCAUCAGGAACAACAACUGCUGCACCAUCAGCAACAUCAACUGCUGCACCAUCAGCAACAACGACUCCUUCAACCGCAAUUACAACAACUGCUGUGCCAACAGGAACAACUGCUGCACCAUCAGCAACAACGACUCCUUCAACAGCAACUACAACAACUGCUGCUCCAUCUGCAACAACAUCUGCAGCACCAUCAAGAACAACAACUGCUACACCAUCAGGAACAACAACUGCUGCACCAUCAAGAACAUCAACUGCUGUACCAUCAGGAACAACUGCUGCACCAUCAGGAACAACAGCUGCACCACCAGCAACAACAACCACUGCACCAUCAGCAACAACGACUCCUUCAACAGCAACUACAACAACUGCUGCACCAUCAGCAAAAACGACUCCUGCAACAAGAACUUCUGCAAGUACACCUACAGUUGUAUUUUCUAAAUAUACAUCUGGUGUAACGGUGGAGACAACUGCAACAGCAACAACUGCUGCAACAUCAGCAACAACAAUUGUAGGAACAUCAGGAAGAACAACUGCUGGGACUGCAACAACUUCUGCACCUUCAACAACUGCUGCAACCGUAGCAUCCACUAUAGGACCAUCAGCAACAACAACUGCUGCACCACCAGGAUCGACAACUGCUGCACCUUCAGGAACAACAACUGCUGCACCAUCUGGAACAACAACUGUUGUACCAUCAGCAACCACAACUGCUGCACCUUCAGCAACAACAACCGCUGCACCACCAGGAACAACAACCGCUGCACCAUCAGCAACAACGACUCCUUCAACCGCAACUACAACAACUGCUGCGCCAACAGGAACAACUGCUGCACCAUCAGCAACAACAACCGCUGCACCAUCAGGAACAACAACUGUUGCCACAACAGCUGCACCAUCAGCUACCACAACUGCUGCGACAACAGCUGCACCAUCAGGAACAACAACUGCUGCACUAUCUGAAAGAACAACUGCUGGCACAGCACCUGCAACAUCAGGAACCACAACCACUGCACCAUCAGGAACAACAACUGCUGGCACGACAGCUGCACCAUCAGCUACAACAACUGCUGCCACAACAGCUGCACCAUCAGGAACAACUGCUGCACCAUCAGCGACCACAACCGCUGCACCACCAGGAACAACAACUGCUGCACCAUCAGCGACCACAACUGCUGCACCAUCAGCUACCACAACUGCUGGCACAACAAUUGCACCAUCAGGAACCACAACUGCUGCACCAUCAGCGACCACAACUGCUGGCACAACAGCUGCACCAUCAGGAACAACAACAGCUGCAACAUCAGGAACCACAACUGCUGCACCAUCAGCUACCACAACUGCUGGCACAACUGCACCAUCAGGAACAACAACUGCUGCACCAUCAGCCACCACAACCGCUGCCACAACAGCUGCACCAUCAGGAACCACAACUGCUGCAACAACAGCUGCACCAUCAGGAACCACAACUGCUGCACCAUCAGCUACCACAACUGCUGGCACAACAACUGCACCAUCAGGAACAACAACUGCUGCACCAUCAGCCACCACAACCGCUGCCACAACAGCUGCACCAUCAGGAACCACAACUGCUGCAACAACAGCUGCACCAUCAGGAACCACAACUGUUGCACCAUCAGCUACCACAACUGCUGGCACAACAACUGCACCAUCAGGAACAACAACUGCUGCACCAUCAGCGACCACAACUGCUGCCACAACAGCUGCACCAUCAGGAACAACAACAGCUGCAACAUCAGGAACCACAACUGCUGCACCAUCAGCUACCACAACUGCUGGCACAACAACUGCACCAUCAGGAACAACAACUGCUGCACCAUCAGCGACCACAACUGCUGCCACAACAGCUGCACCAUCAGGAACAACUGCUGCAACAACAGCUGCACCAUCAGGAACCACAACUGCUGCACCAUCAGCUACCACAACUGCUGGCACAACAACUGCACCAUCAGGAACAACAACUGCUGCACCAUCAGCGACCACAACUGCUGCCACAACAGCUGCACCAUCAGGAACAACAACAGCUGCAACAUCAGGAACCACAACUGCUGCACCAUCAGCUACCACAACUGCUGGCACAACAACUGCACCAUCAGGAACCACAACUGCUGCACCAUCAGCGACCACAACUGCUGCCACAACAGCUGCACCAUCAGGAACCACAACUGCUACACCAUCAGCGACCACAACUGCUGCCACAACAGCUGCACCAUCAGGAACAACAACAGCUGCACCAUCAGGAACCACAACUGUACCAUCAGGAACCACAACUGCUGCACCAUCAGCUACCACAACUGCUGGCACAACAACUGCACCAUCAGGAACAACAACUGCUGCAUCAUCAGCGACCACAACUGCUGCCACAACAGCUGCACCAUCAGGAACAACAACUGCUGCAACAACAGCUGCACCAUCAGGAACCACAACUGCUGCACCAUCAGUUACCACAACUGCUGGCACAACAACUGCACCAUCAGGAACAACAACUGCUGCACCAUCAGCGACCACAACUACUGCCACAACAGCUGCACCAUCAGGAACAACAACUGCUGGCACAACAGCUGCACCAUCAGGAACCACAACUGCUGCACCAUCAGCUACCACAACUGCUGGCACAACAGCUGCACCAUCAGGAACAACAACUGCUGGCACAACAGCUGCACCAUCAGGAACCACAACUGCUGCCACAACAGCUGCAACAUCAGGAACCACAACAGCUGCACCAUCAGGAACCACAACUGCUGCACCAUCAGCUACCACAACUGCUGGCACAACAACUGCACCAUCAGGAACCACAACAGCUGCAACAUCAGCUACCACAACUGCUGUCACAACCGCUGCACCAUCAGGAACAACAACCGCUGGCACAACAACUGCACCAUCAGGAACAACUGCUGCACCAUCAGGAACCACAACUGCUGCACCAUCAGGAACCACAACUGCUGCCACAACAGCUGUACCAUCAGGAACCCCAACCGCUGCACCGUCAGCUACCACAAUAGCUGCACCAACAGGAACCACAACUGCUGCACCAUCAGCUACCACAACUGCUGCCACAACAACUGCACCAUCAGGAACAACAACUGCUGCACCAUCAGCUACCACAACUGCUGUCACAACAGCUGCACCAUCAGGAACAACAACUGCUGCACCAUCAGCUACCACAACUGCUGCCACAACAGCUGCACCAUCAGGAACAACAACUGCAGCAUCAGGAACCACAACUGCUGCACCAUCAGGAACAACAACUGCUGCACCAUCAGCUACCACAACUGCUUCCACAACAGCUGUACCAUCAGGAACCACAACAGCUGCACCAUCAGCUACCACAACCGCUGCCACAACAGCUGCAGCAUCAGGAACCACAACUGCUGCACCAUCAGGUACCACAACUGCUGGCACAACAGCUGCACCAUCAGGAACAACAACUGCUGCACCGUCAGCUACCACAACAGCUGCACCAUCAGGAACAACAACUGCUGCACCUUCAGCAACCACAACAGCUGCAUCACCAGCUACAACUACUGCUACUACACCUUCAGCAACCACAACAGCUGUGUUUUCUGCAAGAACAUCUGCUGCAACUGCUUUGACCUCAGCUACAACUGUUGUACCAUCAGCAACAACAACAUUAGUGAGCAGUACUUCUGCCUCAACAACUGUUACUCCUGUGGUUUCAACUCUGUCAUCUUCGUCAGCAACACCAAUAAGUACGACAACCGGCGUUCCCCCAGCAUCAUCAACAGCAGCACCAUCCACAGCCUCACCUCCAACAACCACGACAACAAGUGGACCAUCAUCAACAACGGCGAAUGCAACUGAGAUUGCUUCCUCUCCUCCGACUGUCGAGACACCACAGCCAACAACACCAGUGACGGUUGGAACAGCAUCGUCAACAAGUGAAAAGAUAUCAACUACAGGCCCAACAACAUUAUCAGGAAGCACAACGAUCACUGCUAAGACAACAAGUAAACCCACAACAAUUUCUGGGACAUCUCACAUUUCAACAUCAGCUUUGACAACUCAAGGUGUGACCAAAUCUAGUACAAUUACAUCCAGUCCCUCCGUUUCUCAGAAAACAUCACCUGAGACAUCACCUCAGACGUCACCUGAGACAUCACCCGAGACAACACCUGGAACAACUACUAGUCAAACAUCUACAGCACCGUCAUCCACAGAAACAUCAGUAACUAGCAAUGCUACAAAAGUCACAACAGCCACACCUAGCUCUACUGAAAGUACUGUUGUACCUUCAACAGAGGCUCCAAAAGACCAGUGCCAGCCAUUUGCUGUAAAUAUCACACUAAAAGUUAUGGGUUGUGAAGCUAUCCAUCCAGUUAAGGUUAUGGAAUGUCGUGGAUCUUGUAACUCUUAUGCUCGCACCAGGGAAGAUGGUAACAUACAGAGUGUAUGUCGCUGCUGUGCUCCUGCUGAAGUUAGACAAGACUCUGUGAUGGUGACGUGCGCAAAUGGCAAAACUCACCGACAUAACUUCAGUCGCAUUGUUUCCUGUGCUUGCAAUGUUUGCACCGGAAGUGAACCUAUGUAGAGGUCAACAACAACACAGCUGUACUAACGUGAACACAAUAUUGUCAGAAGAAUCUAUAUUUUUAACGGAAAAAUUAUAUUUGUAACAUGUUGAUUUAAGUAAAUAAUUAAUAAAUAUUUGCAUUCUCUUCA